CGCGCCGCCGGGACAGCGCAGCCGUGAGGCCCGCCGAGGGCGUGGCCUGGGAUUCCCCGGGAGGGGAGGGCGCCGUCUGUCCUUGGGUGGAGAGGGGAGGUGACUCCGGCCGAAGAGGAGGACUCAGGAUGAGGGCCCUGCGGGUCUCCCAGGCACUGGUACGCUCCUUUAGCUCAACCGCCCGGAAACGCUUUGAGAACCGAGUGCCUGAGAAACAGAAACUCUUCCAGGAGGACAAUGAUCUCCCCGUGCACUUGAAGGGCGGUGCGACCGACAACAUCCUGUACCGAGUGACCAUGACCCUGUGUCUGGGGGGCACUCUCUACAGCCUGUACUGUCUUGGCUGGGCCUCCUUCCCUCACAAGAAGUGAGACCAAGUCUGCAAGACCUGAACAAGCAUCAAUAAAUGUGCUGGCUUCUUGGGGAACCCAGCCCA